AUGGGCCUGUUUUCGAGGAAGGAAAAGGCCCCCAAAGGCUCCAAGCCCUCUAUCAACACCUCGAGUGUUAGCAUCAACUCGGGCGCCUCCAGCAUCAAGUCACCACCGCCCCGCAGCAUUACUAUGAACAGAACUUCCGCUGGCAGCACCACUCCCGGCACUCCAUUGACGCCGUUUUCACCACUCCCGAUACCAAAGGUCGACCUGCCGCGCCCACCCGACCCCCAGCUGGACCCUGCGGGCUACCUGAGAAGUCUGGGAGCCGUCAGAGAGAGGAGCAAGAUCGUCACCGAAAAGGCAUUGCGUAAUGAGCUGAAGCAUUUUGACGUGGACAUGCGCAAGUUCGCCGACGUUGUGUCGUUUGUCUCUCAGAUCAUCAAGAGAGAUUACGAUGCACCAUUCAACACGAUUCCCGGCCACGGACGACACCAGCAUUUCUGCAUCGGAGGCCGAGACCGAAUUGCACAGCUCCUUUCCACCUUCCCCGAGGACGUCGACAAUAGCGAAAAAUGCCGCCGCAUGAUCGACCUCUUCUUGGUCAGUGUACUGCUGGAUGCCGGUGCGGGUACCAAGUGGAGCUACAAGAGCACGGAAAAUGGCCGCAUUUACCGCAGGUCAGAAGGCAUUGCCGUGGCAAGCUUGGAGAUGUUCAAGACGGGUGCCUUCUCCAGCGAUCCCAAAAACAAGUUCCAGGUCGACAAGGAUGCUCUGCGCAACUUGACGGUAGAAAAGGUGGCUGCUGGCCUGCAGUCUAAGCCAGGCAAUGAAAUGGCGGGCGUCGAGGGCAGGACAAAUCUUCUCGUGAGGCUAGCAACCGCUCUGACUGAGAAGCGAGAGUACUUUGGAGACAAUGGCCGGCCAGGUAACAUGGUUGACUACUUGCUGGCACACCCUUCAACGCAAGCGUCGUCUACACCAAUCGUCAUCAUUCCCACUCUGUGGAACGUCCUCAUGAACGGCCUGGCACCAAUCUGGCCCCAGUCGCGGACCGCUAUCAACGGCGUGUCUCUCGGCGAUGCCUGGCCCUGCCACUCCAUGCCGCAACCACCGCAAAGCCCGACGACUUCACAGUUUUCACCGUUCCCCCCUUCGGCCCAGAACUCGACCGCAGCGUGGGAGUCGAUUCUUCCGUUUCACAAGCUCACGCAAUGGCUCUGCUACAGCCUGAUGCAACCGAUGCAGACCUUGCUCCGCAUCCAGUUCGCAGGCGUUGAGCUACUGACCGGUCUUCCUGAAUACCGCAACGGCGGUCUCUUUAUCGACCUCGGUGUUCUUACGCUGAAGGCCGACGAUACAGAGAGGGGCCUUCAACACUACGACGAGUACUGCCGCAGGACAAAUGUCAAGCCUGUAGAGGUUGCGCCUAUGUUCGAGCCAAGCGACGACGUUAUUGUGGAGUGGCGCGGCAUCACAGUGGGCUUUUUGGACAGGCUCUGUGUAGAGGUCAACAAGCACCUUAGGAACGAGCUCAAUGGCCACGAGCUUACGCUCGCCCAACUGCUCGAGGCAGGCAGCUGGAAGGGCGGCCGCGAAAUGGCCGAGUUCAGCCGACCGAACACGAAGGAACCCCCAAUCCUGAUCGAUAGCGACGGAACUGUUUUCUAA